AUGAUUGUUCUGAGGUAUAAUAAACAAAUGCGAUUCGGACACGUUUGUUUGUCUUCUCAAGAAGAAAGAGAUUAUAAAUGUGAGAUUCCUCAUGUCAUAAGAGGAGCUUGGUUUUCAUGGGAAGGUAAAAAAGUAAACACAGAAAUAAAUGCUGAAUAUAUGACAGAUCGUGGAAAAUGUAUCCUUAUGGAGGAACACGAAAGACUGAAUUAUACAUUAAUAUUUAAAAAAAAUAUGUGUUAUCACUGUGUUAAACUUAUUGUAAGAACAAUUAAUGUUUUAGAAAAAACAGAGUUGAAUUGUGUAAAUUUACCUGAAGGAGUAAAACCAACGAUUAAUGAUGUAUGCCGAGGAUUGAAAAAUGAUCAACAACUUAUAACAUUAUUUUCAAAAAAUCAAAAACCUGUUAACUGCAGAUCAUCUCUUGAGGGUGUAUGGAAAUUUGCCUAUCAGAAUCGAUUUAGAUUUACUGGAGAGUGUUAUCAUGAAGAUGCUCAAAUAAGAUCAUGCCAAACAGCGGGUACUCAGUUUUUGAUAACAAACCAAAAAUUUAAUAUAACUUAUAAAAAAUGUGAAAACAUGAAUGGAACAUUUGAUGGAGUGGUUGAAUAUAGUUGUUUGGGCAAUUGGUUCGUUGGAAAAAAUCAUUUCUUCGCAGUUGUGAAUACAAAAGAAUCAAGAGAAGAUGAAAAAUAUCGAUGCUUUUUAAGAAAUCGUGAUGACGAUUUGUAUAUUGGCGCAUCUAUUACCGCUGAAUGUAAUACAUUGAAUUCAGUUGAAAAAAGUCCUGAACGACUGCGAAUUAUUCCAAUUAAAUCAGAAAUUAUCGAGCCAAGAUGUCAGUUACCGCAAAAUAUGUCAGGAGAGUGGAUAAAUAUGGCUAAUAAUGAAGCUAACGUUGUCAUUAAUGAGACUCAUAUUAUUGAAACAUGGAAUCCUGAUGAAGGACGUGAACGAAAAACAAUUUAUACCUGUCAGCAACAACGUGAUCAUAGAUUCAUGAUGGCUCGUUUAGCUGUUGAUGGAUGUCAAACAGAUUACAUUUGUUUUGAAUUUAUACCACGACAUCACAACAUUAUAAGAUUUAGAAAAAGUGUUGCUGUUGUUCAAAAUGAUUUUUCAACAGUUUGUUCAUGGGUAAAAUUUCAAAAUUCUAUCAAAUGGAAGUACGAUAUGUUCAUAAAAAAAAAUCCUGUUCCCGUAAGAUGUCCAGUCGCUGGAAAAUUUCAAUUUACACAGAAAGGAGAUGUACUAUUUGAAACAAAAAUUUUAGGAGGCGUUACAUUGGCACCGCGAGCCUUAACUUAUUGCAAGCAAAAUAUAUCUGAUUUUUCGGUUUGUGAUUACGAUCAAAAAGAAAUACAAGUUGAUGAAAAUUAUUGUUUGUCAGUAGAUUAUCGAGGACGUCCAUUAGACAUUGAUAGUGAUCCUGAUUAUAAAAUGAAAUGCAUCGGUUAUUAUUUUGAAAAUCUUCAAUCGUAUUUAAUAACGUACGAUGAACUAGAUCCAUUUAGUAAUUAUCGUUGUUGGGUGUAUCAAAGAGCUGAGCUUAACAGAGUUUUGAUGUCACAAGCUGUUGGACCUUAUUGUCAUAUUAAUCAGACGGCGAGAAGUUAUAAUUGGACUGAAGGAGCUGCUGUUGCUAUUGAUAUGAUGGAAUAUGAACGUGAACGUGAUGAAUGCCCGUUGUUUUUCGAUAAUGGCAAAAAUCCUUGGAAAACAAGUGAAAGUCACAUCUAUGUUUUUACAUUUAAUCAAAAUUCUGCAAGUGCGAGUACGAUCUGUCAAGUACUUCAGUAUUUUUAUCGAAAUUAUUAA